UCAGUGAAAAAUAAGAAAAAAUUAAUCCUGAGAAGGCAUGCUUAAUUUUCAUUGCUGACUUUUUGCCAGUGCCAGCACGAAGGGGGCGUGGCUCGUUAUUGCUAAACAUCUGUCGUGGUCGUCGCCGAUGAGCAAUGAAACGGGUUUCGACCGAGAUAAUCUAGGUGUUCGUCCGCGUUAUGCGUGCCGCAGGUGAAUUAUGUUGAUCACGAAAGAUGCAAAAUACUGAAAAGACGAGGGAAAUGUUCAUUGUACGAGCUCUCGAGAAAAUCCUUAGCGAUAAGGACAUUAAACGGUCGCACCACUCCCAGCUGAAGAGGGCCUGUGAGGUGGCACUAGAGGACAUUCGAAAAGAACUCAAGAAUGUGGACACAGACUCGGCCUCGUCAGCCUUGCCGCUGCCCAAGAACGACGCCGCAAAUAUUGUCAGCGCCGAGAAAUAUUUCCUUCCUUUUGAGUUGGCCUGCCAGAGCAAAGGAACCAGAAUCGUUGUCACCACCCUGGACUGCCUUCAGAAAUUAAUCGCCUAUGGACACUUGACAGGAAAUAUUGUGGACUCCACAAGUCCAGACAAAUUUUUGAUCAACCGAAUUGUUGAGACCGUAUGCGGGUGUUUCACAGGUCCAAAUACUGACGAAGGUGUUCAGCUCCAGAUUAUUAAGGCUCUUCUAACUGUAGUAACGAGUCAGCAUGUGCAGAUUCAUGAAGCAUCAAUUCUAUUGGCCGUCAGAACGUGCUACAACAUAUAUUUGGCAAGCAAAAACAUGAUAAACCAAACGACAGCAAGGGCCACCCUCACGCAGAUGUUGAAUGUAAUUUUCGCCAGGAUGGAGGCAUGCGCUGACUGCUUGCCAGAGAGGACGGACAAGGCAGACAGUGAAAGUGGCGUCGACUCGUCACAAACUCCGUCCAUUCCUAACGGGGAAAUGCAAACUGAGGCUGAGGUUCAUGCAGAAAUGAGUUUGUCUGAGGACAACACAGCCGAUGAAAGGACUGAAGACGCAGUUGUUGAAGACAGAGUUGUCCUUGGAGAGGAGGCCUUAAAUAACGAGUCACUAUCAGAUGUGGAAGCCGCAAGAAGAGUUGCAGCGCAAUUUGUUGAUAACCUCAUGGAGCAAGCUCUAGAAGGCGUCGGGUCCAGACUAGAGGAAAGCAUCGAAAUAAUUGAAAAUGGUCAAGCUGGGAGCGACAGUAUUAGCAGCCAACCCUCAACUGGCUCCGCCAUGAAUACUAGUGUCAGCGGAAGGACGACCCCUGCCCCCACACUUCCCAGAGUUGCCUCUCAGGAAAGCAUGGACGUGACCGAAUCAGACGCGCCGGCCAGGUUCACGCAUGUGACGCAGAAAGACGCGUUCCUUGUGUUCAGGGCACUUUGUAAGCUGUCAAUGAAGCCCCUCCCGGACGGGUUGCCCGACCCUAAAAGCCACGAGCUGCGCUCCAAGGUAUUAUCGCUGCAGCUUCUGCUGGCGGUCCUGCAGAACGCUGGACCCACCUUCAAGUCAAGUCCCAUGUUCAUCACGGCCAUCAAGCAGUACUUGUGCGUGGCGCUAUCCAAGAAUGGAGUCUCCUCUGUGCCGGAGGUGUUUGAACUGUCACUAGCUAUUUUCCUGUUGCUGCUCUCCAAGUUCAAGCAGCACCUGAAAAUGCAGAUUGAAGUUUUCUUCAGGGAGAUUUUCCUCAACAUCCUAGAGAGCUCAAGUUCCUCUUUUGAACACAAGUGGAAGGUCAUGCAGGCGCUGACGAGAAUCUGCGCCGACGCGCAGAGCGUGGUGGACAUCUACGUGAACUACGACUGCGACCUGGCAGCAGCGAACAUUUUCGAGAGGCUGGUGAAUGACCUGUCCAAGAUCGCGCAAGGCCGGCAGGCGCUAGAACUUGGCGCGGCGCCAAACCAGGAGAAGAGCAUGCGAAUCAGGGGCCUCGAGUGCCUGGUCAGCAUCCUCAAGUGCAUGGUGGAGUGGAGUCGUGACCUCUACGUCAACCCCAUCUCGCAGACCAACCUGGGCCAGGACGAGAAACCAACUGCUAAGGAGAACCACGUUACGCCGUCCUCGGACACUCCACAGCAGUUCGAGGAGAAAAAGGCGCAGAAGGAGGUGUGGGAGCAGGGCAUCGAGAUGUUCAACGCCAAACCGAUGGCCGGACUGCGCUUCCUGGAGCAGAACAAACUGCUCAACAGGGACGCUAAUGGAGUAGCCGAGUUUCUGCACAACGAGGAGAGACUGGACAGAAAUACGGUCGGAGACUUUCUUGGGGAAAAUUCCGACUACUGUAAAGAGGUGAUGUGUGCGUAUGUGGAUUUGAUGGACUUUCAAGGCAGAGACAUCGUGUCGGCCUUGAGGAGUUUCUUAGAAGGGUUCCGGCUGCCUGGCGAGGCUCAGAAAAUCGAUCGGCUUAUGGAAAAAUUCGCCGCUCGAUACUGGGAGUGCAACCCGAACGAUGGAAUAUUCGCCAGCGCCGACACUGCCUACGUCUUGGCCUAUUCGAUAAUCAUGCUGACCACCGAUCUUCACAGCCCACAAGUAAAACACAAAAUGAGCAAGGAACAGUACAUCAAAAUGAAUCGCGGCAUCAAUGACAGCAAAGACAUCCCCGCCGAGUACCUUUCCCAGAUCUAUGAUGAGAUUGCUGGCCACGAGAUAAAAAUGAAGGUGACAAGCUCUAACAAACCAGGCAAGCAGGUGAUCCAGAACGAAAAGAAACGGCGUUUCCUCUUCAACAUGGAAAUGGAGGCGGUCAGUACCGCGGCCAAAAACCUCAUGGAGUCUGUCAGCCACGUGCAGACCCCUUUCACCUCCGCACAACACCUUGAACACGUUCGACCCAUGUUCAAAAUGGCCUGGACCCCAUUCUUGGCGGCGUUCAGUGUUGGCUUGCAGGAUUGUGACGACCCGGAAGUGGCUACCCUGUGUCUGGACGGAAUCCGCUGCGCCAUCAGGAUCGCGUGCAUCUUCCGCAUGGAGCUUGAGCGGGACGCGUAUGUGCAGGCGCUAGCUCGCUUCACCCUGCUGACGGCCAACUCGCCGAUAACGGAGAUGAAGUCAAAGAAUAUCGACACAAUCAAGACGCUGAUCACGGUAGCGCACACAGACGGCAACUACCUAGGCAGCUCGUGGCUCGACAUCAUCAAGUGUAUUUCGCAGCUCGAGCUGGCCCAGCUGGUAGGCACCAGCGUGCGACCGCAGGUCUUCUCCACCUCCAAGUCGUUCUCCUCGUUCCUCUCGUCUACAGCAUCGUUCCACAAUUACGGCGACAACACAUCUUUAAACCUAAACUCGCUUGAUCCGAGCGUUAAGGAGAGCAUCGGCGAAACAAGUUCGCAGUCGGUGGUGGUCGCCGUCGACAGGAUCUUCACUGGAUCCACCAGACUCGAUGGAGACGCCAUUGUUGACUUUGUGAAGGCGCUUUGUCAAGUGUCCCUGGAGGAGCUGAGCAAGCCAAAUCCGCGCAUGUUCUGCCUGCAAAAGAUGGUGGAGAUCUCGUACUACAACAUGGGCCGCAUCAGGCUGCAGUGGUCGCGCAUUUGGCAGGUGAUAGGCGAACACUUCGACCGCGUCGGCUGCUCUAUGAAUGAGGAGAUCGCCUUCUUUGCUGUCGACUCGCUACGCCAGUUGGCCACCAAAUUCAUCGAGAAGGGCGAGUUUGCCAACUUCCGCUUCCAGAAGGACUUCCUGCGGCCGUUCGAGACGAUCGCCAAGAAGAAUCGCAGCGCCACAAUCAAAGACAUGGUGGUACGCUGCAUCACACAGAUGGUCCAGUCCCAGGCACACAACAUCCGUUCCGGCUGGAAGAACAUUUUCAGCGUUUUUCAUCUGGCCGCCGCCGACCACGACGAGUCGCUCGUCGAGCUUGCCUUUGUCACGACUGGAAAGAUCAUAAAUAAUUUGUACGAACAGCAGUUUCCAGUGAUGAUCGACUCGUUCCAAGACGCAGUCAAGUGCCUUUCAGAAUUUGCAUGCAACGCCGCCUUCCCAGACACGAGCAUGGAGGCAAUUCGGCUUAUCAGAAUUUGCGCCAAGUACGUCGUGGAGAAACCCCAGCUCUUCAUGGAGCACAACAUGGAGCAGGACAUGCAAGUUGGCGCCGAAGACAGACCUUGGGUGCGCGGCUGGUUUCCGCUUUUGUUUGAACUCUCUUGCAUUGUCAGCAGGUGUAAACUUGACGUCCGCACGAGAGCUUUGACAGUUUUGUUUGAAAUUAUCAAGACUUACGGCGAAACCUUCAAGCCCAACUGGUGGCGUGAUUUGUUCCAAGUGCUCUUUAGAAUAUUCGACAACAUGAAGCUGCCAGAACAGCAAACUGAGAAAGCAGAGUGGAUGACGACGACGUGCAACCACGCGCUAUACGCGAUCGUGGACGUGUUCUCGCAGUACUUUGACGUGCUGGGGCCGCUGUUGCUGGAGGAUCUGUACACGCAGCUAAUCUGGUGCGUGCACCAGGACAACGAGCAGCUGGCCAAAUCAGGCACCAAUUGCUUCGAGAACCUGGUCAUCUCAAACGGCAACCGCUUCACUGACCAAAUCUGGGACAAGACAUGCACCUGCCUGGCCAGUCUGUUCACGCUGUCGUGUCCGCUGCUUGGCCACCACAUCAACGACAAGGUCGAUAUCUUUGGCGGCAUGUACACGGUGCGCUCGCAGCAGAGCUUCGAUGAGAUCCUCAAAUACGACCCAGACCCCAAGAAGUUCUCCGCCUUUCUCAUCCAGAGCGUCGUCUUUCAAGAGGUCAUGGUCACCGUUGAGAACUUCAUCUUCUUCCCUUUCCAUCCUGAUGAGUCUGACAAGUCCAACUCGAUUAGCGAUACGGACAGCCUGAGAACGGCCGAAAUACCUGGAAUGUUUAAUAAAAUGAGCUCGAAACACCUACUGAACAUAGUCAGCCAUCUAUACCACUGCAACCAAAUCGUUUCAAAUCUGGACAGCAACCUGGCCGUGCAAGGUGCUCUCUGGCGUGCAGUCCAGGACGUGGACAUCGCUCACAUGCCGCUGGCCAGCUGGACCGUGCAGACGAAGGAGAAACUACUGCCGCUGAAUGAAAACUCCAAACCGCGGAUCAUGCGGAUGGCUGGCUUUGAAGGAGGGCCUAACAUCUCUGCCUUCACGCAUGUUUACCGGACCACGUCGAUUUGUAUGAAAAUCCUCUUCGCCAUGCUCAGAGACCCAUCAAGACAGGACGUGCACAAGGACGUGAAAGAUAUCCUCCUGGAGCAAUCUGUGAUCGUUUUACAGAAAUUUUUGCACCUCACCGACUCGUAUCAACUCGAACGCUGGGCUCGGUUGAUCAAACUCAUUCUGGUCAAUGUUUGCGAACUUCCUGAUGAAGAGUUCAAGGACUACGCGGCGGUGCAGCAUCCGAUGGUGUGCUACAUCCAGUGCAAAGAGCUGAGCGCAGAGUUGCGUUUACUGCUGAGCGAGUAUUUCCUGCGGCUGGGCUCCGUGUUCCGAGUGACCCACACGGGGUUCUCCUCGUACUUGAAAGACACCAACUCGCUGAACCAGUUGCUGCAGGCGCCCACCACGUUGUAUUCGGAAAAUCUGUGGAGUGCGGAGGAAGGAGCGCCGAUCACGACCAGCGUCACCGCCCACGUGCUGAGAAAGUAUAGUGACCUGUAGUUCUUUCUGAGAACUUGUGAUACACAAAAACUCGCUCGUUGGUAGUGUAGAGGGAAGUUUGGUUUUGGCCUGACGACCGACCACCCGGCCGUUGUUGCUGCUUUUCCGUUCGCCUUUUGUUUCGAUUCAGAAGAGAAAUAUUGACUUCAUAAAAAAAUUGAUCAACUGGAAUAUUGGAAUCUUAUUAUUGUUUCGAUUUAUUUGCUCACCUUCUCAGACUGAAUGUAAAAUUGAUAAUUUUUUGUCUGCUUGAACCCAGCACUGAAUUUCACAAAUGGCGAAUAGCUGUAGAUAAUCCUAGUUUUUUGUAUUGACUGUAAGAAACAAUCAAAACGAUGAUUGCUCAACACAUGAUGUAGCAUGUAGUUGAGUUGGCCAAGUGGCGAACUAGCACAUGUCCAAAUCAACAUGGAUUCUGGAGGGUGGUCGGUCUUGCAAUUAGAAAUUGCUCUUUUGAACACUCAAGGUGCCAAAGUGUUGUCUGGCUCUAUCUCACUCGACUCCCACAUUCUCUGCCAUCUGAUUCAUUCCAAAUCGUCCCUCGAACAGGAAUUGUUGAUAAAAAGUGCAAUUAUUAUCUCUCACUUUUGAAUUGAAGCCUAUUUGUAGUUGUUUUAGCAAGUUUGGCGAGUUUGUAGCCAAUAAUUAUUUAUUACUAUUAUCAUUUUGCUGUGCAGCCGUUACAACUAAAUAAAAGUUUAAUAAAUUUAGAA